AUGGGUUUCUGGAAGUUCUCUCCCUUCCUGGCUCUCAGCAUCUUGGUCCUGUACCAGGUGGGCUUCCUCCAGGCAGCGCCACUCAGGGCUGCCUUGGAGAGUCGCUCUAAUGCUGCUACCAGCUCUGAGGAUGAAUCACGUCAUCUGCUGGCUGCACUGGUGAAGGACUAUGUCCGGAUGAAGGCCCAGGAGCUGGGGCAGGAGACCGAGGGCUCCAGUGUCACUGCCCAGAAGAGAUCCUGCAACUCUGCCACCUGUAUCACCCACUGGCUGGGAGGCUUGCUGAGCAGAACCGGAAGUGUGGCCCACACCAACCUGUUGCCAACUAACAUGGGCUUCAAGGUCUACAACAGGCGCCGCGAGAACCUUCAGGCCUGAGCAGCUGCAUGGCUCCAGGAAGAAGAUCACCAUGGAUGAACUCUACUUCUUUUAAUUUGCAUGCAAGCAACUCGUGGGAUAGGGAGCAUGGAAAAUACACAUAGAUGC